CAUGCUUCCAUAGCAACGUUGUCCCCAUAACAGGUGGUGAAAGAAGCAGUGAAACUGGGAACAAACUGCAUUUAUCAACGAAUUCGUGGGAGAUACCUUGGUCGUAAAUAAUCCUCCAAGAUGUCGAUUGCCCUCGCUCAACCCCGCCAUAUUUUUGGCUUGAAAACAGGGAUCAGUGGCAACAUCGCAUUUCAAGAUGAACAGACCAUCGUCUAUCCGUCAGGUGCCAACUGCAUCCUGUACAACAUCGACCAGAAGUCACAGAAAUUCAUCCCAGCCUCUGAGAAAAGCCAGGGCAUGACCGCUAUGGCAGUGAGUCCAAAUCGCCGCUAUGUUGCCAUUGCUGAGAAAGGAGAAAAGGCAACCAUCACUGUCUAUGACCUGCAUUCAUUGAGGAGGAGAAAGGUCCUCAGUUCACCAGAGGUGGCAUCUACAGAAUUCGUGAGCCUGGCAUUUUCCCCAGACUCCAAAUAUCUUGUUGCCCAAGGUGGUCAGCCGGACUGGACCCUGCUCUACUGGACUUGGGAGAAAUCGAAAGUAAUGGCUGUGACGAAAACAACAAAUCCUCAGACUAAUCCACCAGUUUAUCAGGUCACAUUCAACCCUCAAGACAACACGCAGCUCUGUGUGGUUGGAAAUGGUAUCUUCAAACUCUUCCGCUACAGUGAGGGCAACCUAAAGCAGUUUGCCUUCCAGAAAUUGGAACCGCAGAAUUAUUUGAGUCAAGCAUGGGUGUCUGACGAGAGAGUGGUUGUUGGGACAGACAUGGGAAAACUGAUGCUCUUUGAAGCUGGGGAGCUCAAGCAUGAAUUCAACCUGGCCGCGCAACAGAAAGAUACAGAUAAAGACUUUGGAAGUGCCAUUGGUGAAAUUGAACGGCCAAAGGGUCCACCCCAGAUCACCGCCAUAGUGGCCUACUCCAAGGGCUUUGCCUGUGCCUGUGGACCUGGAACUGUUCUUCUGUUUGAGAAAACUGAUGACAAAGAAUACUUCAAGAAAAUCCGAGAAAUCAAAAUUCCAGCUGAUCAAAACAGUUCCGAUCCUACCAAAGCUGAACAGCAGAUGAUCAUGACCUUGACCGUGAGUCCAUCAGAGGAGGGACUGGUGGCGGCCACAAACUUCAACCAGCUGUACAACAUCACCCUCUCCAGCGCUGAUCUCGGCAAGGGUGACCAGGCACACUUUGAAGUGCUUGCUCAGGGUUUCCAUUACAGUCACGUGACAGGGCUGGAUGUCUGUAGCAGGAAGCCCCUUAUUGCCACGUGCUCCUUGGACCGAUCGGUCAGGAUAUGGAAUUUCGAAACAUGCAAUCUCGAGUUGUAUAAAGAAUUUGCCGAGGAAGCGUACAGUAUAGCGUUGCAUCCGUCUGGCCUCUACAUCCUUGUUGGCUUCAGUGAUAAACUACGCUUGAUGAAUCUGCUCAUUGAUGAUAUCAGGACUUUCAAGGAAUUCACUAUCCGUGGAUGCAGAGAGUGUUCCUUCAGUAAUGGUGGCCAUCUUUUCGCCGCUGUCCAUAGCAAUGUUAUCCAAAUCUACUCCUCCACAACAUUCGAGAAUGUUGCCAACCUGAAGGGCCACAACGGCAAGAUUCGUUCAAUCAUUUGGAGCGCAGACGACAGUAAGAUUAUCUCCUGUGGUAUGGAGGGUGCCGUGUACGAGUGGGACUCCUACAGUGGGAAGCGUGUUGGUGAAAGCGUCAUUAAGUCGUGUAGCUAUACCAGCGUUGCGGUUACACCUGAUGGAAAGACAACCUUUGCUGUUGGCUCUGAUAAGACACUGAAAGAGAUUGCAGAUUCACAGAUUCUGAGGGACAUUGACGCCAACGAUUUGACCUUGACCUCUGUCGCGAUGUCGCACUCUGGUCGUAUGCUAUUCGGUGGUACCCAGCUUGGUACGCUCCGAUCCAUCAAGUUCCCAUUGACUGUGCCAGGAGAAUGGACCGAACAUCAGGGUCACUCUGAGGCUAUUGCAAAGAUGAAGAUCACAUAUGAUGAUCAGUAUCUGGUGACAAUCUCCGAAGAUUCCUCCAUCCUGCUGUGGAAGAUCCAAGAUAAGGAGGGACGAGGUUUGAAACGAGACAAAGAGGCAUGGGCUGAGGAGAUCCUCAUUACCAAGAGCGACUUGGAGGAGAAGAAUGCUAUGAUGAGUGAAUACAAGACGCGUGUUGAGGAACUCAAGAUGGAGAAUGAGUAUCAGCUAAGGCUGAAGGACAUGAACUACAAUGAGAAGAUCAAGGAACUCACAGAGAAAUUCAUACAAGAAAUGGAAUCUCUCAAGACGAAAAAUCAGGUUUUGAAAACCGACAAGGACAAAGAGGAGGCAAAGCAUGAAGAGGAGUUACAAGAGUGUAUGGAGAAACACAGCAAGGAGCUCCAGGAUCUCGAGUCGGCCAACAACCAAAAACUCAUGCUGGAGUAUGAAAAGUACCAAGAGCUGCAGGCCAAGAGUCAGAAAAUGCAGGAGGAUUAUGAGCGUCAGCUGCAGGAAAUGGAGGAGAGUAAAGAACGCGCCCUGGAGGAGUUGACAGAGUACUACGAGACGAAACUCCAGGAGAAGAUCACUCAGCUCGAACAAGCAAAUGACGAGGCUCGGCAGCAAAAUCGGGAGUACGAGGAGACAAAGAGACAGAUUGAAGAAGACGCUGAUCGGGAGAUUCUCGAUAUCAAGAAUAAGUACGAGCGUCGGUUGAGAGAUGAGAAGGAGGCGAACAUGAGGCUGAAGGGCGAGACUGGUAUCAUGAAGAAGAAGUUCACAAGUCUUCAGAAAGAGAUUGACGAUCACAAGGAGGAGAUCAAGAAAUACCAAGCAGAAACGGCUAAAUUGAACAACGUCAUUCGAAAUCUUGAAAAGGACAUCGCCGGUCUGAAGAAAGAAAUCCAGGAGCGUGACGAGACGAUUCAGGAUAAGGAGAAGCGUAUUUACGAUCUGAAGAAGAAGAAUCAAGAACUGGAGAAGUUCAAGUUUGUCUUGGAUUAUAAGAUCAAGGAGCUGAAGAAACAGAUUGAACCGAGGGAGAAUGACAUCAAGGCCAUGAAGGAACAAAUUCAAGAGAUGGAGAGUGAGUUAGAAAGAUUCCACAAACAGAACACUCAACUUGAACUCAACAUAACAGAACUGAGACAGAAACUCAAAGCCACAGACAAAGAGAUGCACCAAGAGAGACAGAAGGUUCGUGAUGGUGAGGCUAUUGUGCGACGAUUCAAGACAGAUCUUCACAACUGCGUGGGUUACAUCCUCGACCCCAAGAUGCUCAAGGAAAGCAUCAAAGCUUUGUACCAGAAACACGUACAGGAAGAUAUUACUGAGAGUGCAAGCGUUGAUGCCGACAUCCAGAAAGAGUACAGUCGUCAACGUGAACACUUGGAGCGGUCUGUGGCAUCACUUCGGAAGAAACUGGUCAAGGAUACUGAGAUCCACCGCGCUGAUAACGUCAGGAUCAUGCAGGAGAACGUGUCAUUGAUCAAAGAAAUCAACGACCUUCGUCGAGAGUUGAAAAUUUCCCGCACCGGUGUGCAUGACCUUGAAGCAGCCCUUGGCCUCCACAGGAAGAACAAAGACAGCGCUAACAUGGCAGCUGCUACUCUCGCCGCCGUCGCAGGAACAAACAAGAACGCCAUGCUAGAAAGAGAUUUAGAAGAAACGAAAAAAAUUGUCGAUGUCCAGAAGAGUGAAUUGAAAAGAUUGCGGUCUUCCCUGCGAGAAAUUGAAACUGGGGCUGUUUCGCGGCCGCAUUCUGGUCAGAAGCUUCCUCCAGUAGUGGCAGUACAGUAAUCAAACCAUCCCCAUAAACAUUAUUCUAAAACAUUGGAGUCAAUAAAGAACCCCAAUUUUUCCUACUUUGUCAAUUUAUGACCCCAGAAGAUAUUUUCCUUGAUUUCCUGCAGACGGCAACUCUUUAAGAAGAUGCAAUGCUAUCCAUUGUAACAGUGACUGAGUUCUGGCUUUUUUUCACUGAUUGUUAGCUUUGUUACCUUCAGGGCGCGUCCGGGACCUUGCAUUUUGAAGAAGGUCCUGUUGCAUGAAAAGUGAAGAGUAAAAAGUGAAGAUGUAAAAGCCACUAAACACCAUUCCUAAAAAUGAGAUAAUUUUGCCCGUGGUAAAAUAAAGCUGACAGUACCCAAGAUUUUAAUACGUAACUACUCGAAGCUAAACCCGCAAGACCCCAUCAAAUAUUCUGCCAGAAGAUAACACAGAAAACCAUUAGAGGUGAAGAAAAAAGUUGUGUUUCCUUGAAACGACCUAAAAUGGAUUUGCUGGCUUUUCCAUCUGAACUCUUCAAAUGUUUUUGUUAAUUUGUGUAAGUAAUGUUAUGUAAAUAACCUGCAAGUCUGUGAUAGAACUGUAUUUUGACAAGACUUUACAACCUGACACAUCCGCUUCCUCUUAACUUUCGAAGAGUGAAAUCUGCUGAAGUCAGAAAACUCUUAGUCAGUUAUCAUUCUGAUAUGCUUAAAGGCCUACGCCGUUCGUUAAAAAUUUUGAAUUUGUAAUUGAAUUUAAAAAUGUCCAAUUGCGGAAAUACUUACGAAAUAUAAAUUUCAACAUUGUCGUUGUGUAGACUGAUAUACAAAUACUAUGAAUACCAACUUUAAACAAAUUCGUAUUCACAAUACCUAUACUAUGGCAUUGUGUAUUCGCGGACAUCUAUUUAACUGGACCACAAGUAAAAACGGUGUACCCCUUUAAGUGUGGAACAAAAAAGCACCGAAGACCUACUUAUUCUAGUGCUUGAUGUAUUGCACUAUUUUUACAAUGAUUUAGUUGUGUUAAUGUUUUACUUCUUUACUCGAAUUGUAUAUUUUUUUGCCAGGUGAUUUUAAAACAAUUAAACUAAUCCGUCCCUUGAUUGAUAAGGCAACCAAUGAAUGUGUGGUUGAAAUCUUUUUAAUGAAUGUAUGCAUGAAUUAAUUAUUUUAAAGGUAUUUGUAUAAAGUAGUCCGUCCAUUUUUUGUCGCUUUAAGAACAGACUUGUUUGUCAGAGGUUGUCUCGUUGAGUGGUCGUUGGACCUUGGUUCAUUUUGGAAAAUUGGUUUGUCUGAUGUAAACUACCCACUGUUUGGAUUUAAUACCGAUCUCUCCAUUCCAUAAGGCCAUCAAAAAUUGAUGACUUGUUUUACAUGACUCCACCUUGGGAAAAUAUUGGUGAGUAGGGCAUUUAUAUUUUAAAUUUUAUAUAUUUUUUCAGCUGAAAUAAGGAAGGUCAAGGUCGAGUAUAAAUGGAAGAAAACCUUUAAUGAACUAACGAUUAAAACUGUGGUUAAAACUGAACAAUAAUCCCCUGUCUGGCCCCACGAACAAUCUGGCAAGUUACGAAAACCAUCGUCAAUGUGACGAGAAAUCGAUGAAAAAAGGUGGGAAUGACGCGCCACAUGGCAGUCUGCCAUGUCUGCACAGAGUACCGGAUCACCUUGACAACACAGUGCAGAGUAAAACACAAGAUGAUUUUGAACGACUAAAAGGUUCUAUCAAUAGACGGUAGAUUGUGCGCGUGCUCUGACGAUCUUUUGAUUAUAAUGAUUAUAAAAUGAGUAAAAAAAGGCUUUUGAGAAAAAUAUAAAAUAUAAAAAAUUGUUGAGGUGGCGCCAAAAAUUGAGGGGCACGGUCAUGUAAAACAAGUUAUUUAUUUUGAUUGACCUAAACAAUAUGUUCCCUUUGUUUGGCUAAUAAGGAUCUAUUCUCCUCAUUUCCAAUCAAAAGUUCUAAAAGGGUUACUAUAGGCAGAAGUUAGGGGUCAACCCAGUAGUCUUCAUGUGACUAAUAUGGAGAGUUUGGGGACAGGGUCAUGUUUGAUUCAGCAUUUAAUAUAUUCCACGUACAAGCGUGAAUAGUUUGAUGUCCUGUGAGAUAGGAGAGACCCCUAUUAUCAGCUUCUUGUAACCUUAUCUGACUACCUGGCUUUUACCUAUAGACUCCCUUUCAGCAAGGAUUGUUCAGCAACUCACCAAACUGCUCCUGCCUGGCGAUAGCAGCUUUGAAUUUUUUUUGGCUGCCUAUUGAUUUCAUCAUAUCCGGCCAGCAGAUAAAUGAUGAUCUAUGGAAGUUCAAAUCUGUUUCUCGGUUACUUAAACAUUUUGUCGUCGAGUGAACUUUUGCAGUUUGGUUGAAUUGCAUGACUGAAACUCAAUGGGAUGGCAACCCUUUUCAAUUUCAAGACUAUGUAUACAUGUAUGUACAACCAUGUACAUGUUUAUUGAAAUAGGAUUGAUAGACUGGUCCAUGUUGAGGAAGUUGUGUGUAAGACCCUGAAAUGAUUAAAAAUGUAAAUAGGCAUCAUUGCUGACGUUUUGUACAUACGUGAAUCUAGUAACGGCUAUCAUACCAUCAUGUAGGGCACUGGAAAUAUCCAAUAAACUUUGAAACAAUA